GACGACAAAGACGACAAGGACGACAAGGACGACAAGGACGAAGCAGACACAUGCCGCAUCUGCCGCGGCGACGGCACCACCGACGAGCCGCUGUUCUACCCCUGCAAGUGCAGCGGCAGCAUCAAAUACGUCCACCAGGAGUGUCUGAUGGAGUGGCUGUCACACACCCAGAAGAAGCACUGCGAGCUGUGCAAGACGUCCUUCCGUUUCACAAAGCUGUACCACCCGGGCAUGCCCACCCGCAUCCCCACCACCGUCUUCCUGCGCCGCGCCGCCCUGCAUGUCGUGAACAUGUUCCUGACAUGGUGCAGGGGCCUCUUGGUGGCAUCUGUGUGGCUUGUGCUGCUCCCCUGGUGCAUGCGAGUCGUCUGGCGCAGCCUUUUCUGGAUCGCCGACGGCGGCUGGGCACCGGGCAUGUACAGUGCUCUGCCAGAAGCCGCAGCACGAGCAAAGCCCAUCACCUCUAGCCCGGCUGACCUGGAAGCGGUUCGCUCCUCUCUGGACCCCGCAAACGCUGAUGGUGCGCCACAGAACCUGUCACUGUCCAACCUGCUGACGACCAUGUCCUCGGUACCACCCCAACCGAACCCAACUGCGCACGAGCCGUUCAUGUGGACGGUUGCAAAGCGCCUACUCCUCGGCUGGCCGCACCCCAUCGUCACAUUUACACCCCCGCUUGCCAACGACACGGCGCUCAACUCGACAACCGACCCUCUAGGCUUCCGUCAUCCUUCACUCCUGUCAGAGGUCCCAUGGUUCCAUUGGUUCAGCUCGCAGCCCGCAAAUCGAUUUCUGAUCGACGUAUUCGAGGGCCAGAUUAUUACCAUGUUGGUCGUCGUUGCUUUCAUUCUGAUAUUCCUGAUUAGAGAAUGGGUUGUCCAGCAGCAACCAGUCAUCAACAUGGUCGCCCUUGGAGCCGAGGGUCCCGCGCCUCAGGUCCACGACGAACAAGCCGAGAAUGCGCCUGAAGAUGAGCCGAUCGUACCGGAGCAUGGUGAUGCUGCUGCACCCGACGAGCCGCUCGCUGUACAAGGCAGACCCAAUCCGCAGCAUGAAAAUGCUGCUGCCGUUGUAGGAGCCAGACCCGAACCGGACCCAGAAACCGUCGCCGGCGUCAUCGAGCUUGGCUCCCGCCGUCCUAACGACUUCCUCCACAGGCAACGAGAGCUGGCCGGCCAGUUAAUGCUGGCAAAUCCCGAUCUGCCACAGCGACUGAGGACUGUUCUGCAGUCAGAUUCGACUGAAAAUGGGUCCGUGUCAGGGCUCGAAGAUCUAUCUGAAGAGCAGAUGAAUAUGAUCAGUAUCAUCUACGACCAAGCCUUGAUCGACGCUUACGAAACACUCGUUGCGGAAGAAGACGGAUCGGGGCCUACUAACGCUAAUGUCACUGCUCCCGAGAUACGUCGCAGCCUUGAAGAAAGUACGUCAUGGUCGUUCGACAACGUACCGACGACUUCUGACAAUGCCACGCGCGAUGUCGUCCCUGACAGUUGGGACGACGAGACUGCGGAAGAACCAUCAGAGCACCGCGAGCAGGACGCAAAUCAAUCCGACAACGAGCCCGGUAGUGGAGGGAGCAGUGGAAGCUGGCAGCAAGUGUCCAAAGUCAUCGUGGAUAACGAUUCCGACCAAGCGCUGGAAGGACGUCAGAUACGGGACAAGGGCAAAGGCAGGGCCGACGACUUGUCUAUUGAAGAGGACAGUGAAUCUUUGGAAGGAGACAAUAAGCCUACAACAACAGAUGCAGACAUCGAAGAUGGCAUACGAGCGCAGGCAACGACGGAUGUAGAGAUCUCACCCGAAUCUUCUGCAACACAGCUCGAUCCAGGCGAGCAAAACCCUCAGACACCGACCGAGGCGACCGCUGCUGCAAACGUGCGUAUCGCACCACCGGAGGCGGCCGAAGUAUCCCUGUACGACUGGGCGAUGGACUGGAUUUAUGGUCCCGCAGACCCUGCCACGCGACCUGCCACGGACGUUGGGAACGACGAGCAUGUUGUGCGCAACUUUGACGAAGAGGCACCGUUCGUCCCUUUUGCUGGCAACGAACCAGGCGAGCCAGCCAAUGAAGCCAUCCGAGACCCUGAAGUUGCAGCUGCAGCUGCUCAAGCUGGAAUCGACGUCAACGACCAAGACGCCAUCGAUGAUGCUGAAGACCUGGAAGGUAUUCUUGAGCUCAUUGGUAUGCAGGGGCCGCUCGUGGGGUUGUUCCAGAAUGCACUUUUCAGUGCAUUUCUGAUAUCUGCAACCUUGGCGUGUGCUGUCUGGUUGCCAUACCUCUGGGGCAAGGUCGUCAUCCUGUUCAUGGGCAGUCCUGUCGCGCUUUUUAUCAAGCUCCCUUUGCAGAUCAUUGCCACCGUGACCGAUCUGUUGGUCGAUCUCACGCUUGUCGUAGCUGCAGGGUCCGCAUACUGGGUUUCGGGUUUCCUCUCGGCGAUUCUCAAGCUGGCGACCCAGGGCAAGGAUUCCGCUCAUCUCGAAAGUUCCCUUCGCCGCCUGUCUGUACCCGCGGAGUCGAUCGCCAGGAACGCCAUGAUCCGUAUCGCAAACGCUGUGCUCGACUCAUCUCUCUCGUCGAGCCCGGGUUACUUCAAACUUUCUAUCAACUCGCAUGCCGCUCUGCGCAGCCUUCAGAAUUCGACGUCACUGGCUCUAAGCCAAACGAGCCAUGCUUUCGGCACUGUGUUGGAAGAAGCACAAUCUGAAUCAACCUUUGGGUUGCUUUGGAAAGGGUUUCGUUGCGUAGGGACCGCGGUUGGAAAUCUUGUCCACCAAGCCAGUUCCCUUCUCAUGUGGAUGUGGACAUCAAAGCCUUACAAAAUCACUCUAGACAUGGACCUCAGCACUACCGAACAUUUCACAUCUGCGUUGGAGCACUGGACCGCAAACGAUCGGCUUAUUGCUGUUGUCGCGGGCUACGCUUUCUUCGCCCUCACCGGAGCUGUCUACCUCAGACGUGGGACGCCGCUAAGCUCAUCUGAACAGGGCCAGAAGAUCGAACGUAUCAUCUCCGAGAUUUUGCAGCAAGCCGGGGGUGUCCUGAAGGUCAUUCUGAUCAUCAGCAUCGAAAUGCUGGCAUUCCCUUUGUACUGUGGUUUGCUGCUCGACCUCGCUAUGCUGCCACUCUUCAAGAAUGCCACACUGUACUCACGUUGGCAAUUUGCUUGCGGAAGCCCGUGGACAGCCGGCUUCGUACACUGGUUCAUUGGCACUUGCUACAUGUUCCAUUUCGCUCUCUUUGUGUCCAUGUGCCGCAAGAUCAUGCGGAAGGGGGUGCUAUAUUUCAUUCGCGACCCGGAUGACCCCACCUUCCAUCCAGUACGAGAUGUUCUCGAGCGAAGUGUGACCACUCAACUCCGCAAGAUUGCGUUCAGUGCUCUUGUUUACGGUGCAUUGGUCAUUGUGUGCCUUGGUGGUGUUGUAUGGACACUAAGCCGCAUCACAUACGGUGUGUUGCCGAUUCACUGGACCACCGAGGCGCCGUCCCUGGAGUUCCCGCUCGACCUACUUUUCUACAACUUCCUUACCCCAGUCAUCAUCAAAGCUUACAAGCCAGGAGAAGGAUUGCACACAGUGUGCACGUGGUGGUUCAAGAAGUGUGCAGGCGCUCUUCGCCUGUCGCACUUCCUGUUCAACGAGCGGAACGAGGAUGAGGAAGGAACCGGUGCCGUGGAUGCGUACUUUGUUCCCGACGGUCGAUACGUCCGAGCACCUGCUUCAGACCAGUGCAGAGUGCCCAAGGGGCAGGCCGUGUUCGUAGACGUGGACAAGGACAAUGUGCGAAAGGAUGGCAACACUGAAGCCGGAGUGCACAACUCGGGCUUGGUGCAAAUGGUAUACAUCCCGCCCUGGUUUCGCCUGCGCAUUGCGUGCUUCGUCGUCACCAUCUGGAUCUUUAUGGGUGUGAGCGGAGUCAGCGUCACCAUCGUUCCGCUCAUUUUCGGGCGCCAUCUCUUCUCCCUCUUCCUGCCAUCUACGGUCGAGAUGAACGACAUCCACGCAUUUUCACUCGGCGUAUACACGCUAGGCACUGUGGCAUACAGCGGCUUCCAGCUAUACAAGUUUGCCGCUUCUCUGAACCGACCAAAUGUGUCGCCCUUGGCCCAGCUGCGCUCUGUUGCAGCUACAGCAAGCCGAGUCGGCCUGACAGUCCUCCGUUUCAGCUACGUAUGGGCAUCACUCAUCUUCGCCAUACCCCUUCUCUGCGCCGUGCUCAUCGAACUCUACUUUCUUAUGCCGUUGCAUGCGUGGAUUGGGGCCAGUGAGCCUCACGUUGUCCACCUAAUCCAGGACUGGACGCUCGGCUUCCUCUACUCCCGACUUGCUGCACGUCUUCUCUUCGCAAAUCGCAACACCCGGCCAGCACAAGCGUUCACUCAGGUCGUUCAGGGAGGCUACCUUUAUCCUGACGCCAAGAUCGCCACACGUUGCUUCGUACUUCCCGCUCUCGCGCUUUUCGCCAUCGCUGUUGGGGCUCCUGCUUCCCUGGCUUGGGGUACAAGUCUCACGCUCUAUCGCGGCGCCGGCGAGGCCACGACGAACCAAGUUUGGCGAUACAGCUUUCCAGUUGUCGGGCUUAGCGUUGCGGUCAUGUUUGCGACCAAGGUGAUUGCUAGGAUCGUCACUCGAUGGAGGUUGGUUGUGAGGGACGAGGUGUAUCUCAUUGGUGAAAGGCUGCACAACUUUGGGGAGAAAAGGGCGCCA